AACUUUCAGUAAACCAAGAAAGCGUUUAGCGAGUGGAUGUGUUUUUCUUUGUCUCUCCCUCUCUCUCUCUCUGCGAUUUGUGACAACGGAACGAAAACAAAACAAGUGUGCGUCAAAAGUUUAGAAUAGAAACAAAAAAUGUUCUCCAAAUUGUGCACACGUGGUUUGACCACACGCGUCAGCUGUUUGGCCCAAAAGGCUCAACCAAAAGACCAGGCCAACGUAGCCUCUCUGGCUGUCUAUGAACGUGAACAGAAAUAUGGAGCACAUAAUUAUCAUCCAUUGCCGGUAGCCCUGACCAAAGGAGAAGGUUGCUUUGUCUGGGAUGUGGAGGGCAAACGUUAUUUUGAUUACCUCAGUGCCUAUUCGGCUGUCAAUCAGGGACAUUGUCAUCCAAAGAUCAUUAAGGCCCUAACCGACCAGGCCUCCAAAUUGGCCUUGACAUCGCGUGCCUUCUACUCUGAUGUUUUGGGUGAAUAUGAGGAAUAUGUGACAAAACUUUUUGGCUAUGAGAAAGUUUUGCCCAUGAAUACUGGUGUAGAGGGCGGUGAAACUGCCUGUAAAUUGGCUCGCAAAUGGGGUUACCUCAAGAAGAAUAUACCAAAGAAUCAGGCCAAGAUUCUCUUUGCCCGCAACAAUUUCUGGGGACGAACUCUUUCCGCUGUUUCGGCCUCAAAUGAUCCCAGCAGCUAUGAAGGAUUUGGACCAUUUAUGCCAGGCUUUGAAUUGAUUGAAUACAACAAUUUGAUCGCCUUGGCAGAAGCUCUCAAGGAUCCAAAUGUUUGUGCCUUCAUGGUUGAGCCCAUUCAGGGUGAGGCCGGUGUUGUGGUACCCGAUGAGGGUUAUCUCCGCAAAGUCCGCGAGCUGUGCUCACAACAUAAUGUUUUGUGGAUAGCCGAUGAGGUGCAAACCGGUUUGGCCAGAACUGGCAAAAUGUUGGCUGUCGAUUAUGAGGAAGUUCAACCGGAUAUUUUGAUUUUGGGCAAAGCUUUGUCCGGUGGCUUGUAUCCCGUUUCCGCUGUACUAGCCAAUGAUGAUGUAAUGCUAUGCAUUAAGCCCGGCGAACAUGGUUCCACAUAUGGUGGCAAUCCCCUCGGCUCACGUGUGGCCAUUGCUGCUUUGGAGGUCUUGCAGGAGGAGAAAUUGGCGGAGAACGCCUUCAAAAUGGGUGAACUAUUGCGAGGAGAAUUGAGAAAGCUGCCAAGCGAUGUAGUUUCUGUCGUUCGCGGCAAGGGUCUACUCAACGCCAUUGUUAUCAAUCAGAAAUACGAUGCCUGGGAAGUGUGUCUAAAACUAAAGGAUAAUGGUUUACUGGCUAAGCCAACACAUGGCGAUAUCAUCCGAUUUGCCCCACCAUUGGUCUUGAAUGAAAGCCAAAUAUUGGAGAGCAUUGAUAUCAUCAAGAAGACCAUCUUAUCUAUGUAAUGAAGGAGACAGAUGGAGUGUGGAAACGUUACAAAUAUUUUGAGUGUGCGUGUGUUUUUGUGUGUCUGUCUGUUUUUAUUACGUUUUUUUUUUCGUUUCUAUAACACUUUAUGUAACACUUAAGUUUAAGUGGAAAAAGUCUGAGAAAAUAUACAACUAGAUUUCAAUACUCGUAAA